CACUCCUCAGAGACACCAGAACUGAAAGAAACAGCACAGAGUGCACACACCAUUGUGCCGCAGAGUCUGAUUGUCAUAGUCAUCGUCAUUGAUUUGCAGCUUAAAAACCACUAUGGAUCAGUUUGAAGACGAAUUAUGGCACAUUAUGAACUUUAACUCAAGUACGGAGAAUGAGACCGUAACAGAAGAAUUGGUGCCUUAUUGUCCGAAGGCUGAUGUUGUGCACUUUGGUGCCAAGUACCUCCCGCCGUUCUUCUACAUCAACUUCAUCAUCAGCGUGCUGGGGAACGGCCUGGUCCUCUACAUCAUCUACAAGUAUGAGAAGCUCAGCACCGUCACCAACAUCUUCCUGCUCAAUCUGGUCAUCUCAGACCUGCUGUUUGCCUGCUGCCUCCCCUUCAACGCCGUCUACCACACCUCGGAGUGGAUCUUCGGCCGGGCCAUGUGCAAGCUGGUGGCCAGCCUGUUCUCUAUUGGAUUCUACAGCUCCAUCCUCUUCCUCACGCUCAUGACCUUUGACCGCUACCUGGCCGUGGUGCACGCCAUCACCGCAGCAAAGCAGAGACGGAAGGCUUACGCCAUCAGCUCCUCCGUGGUGGUGUGGGUGGUCAGUUUGGCAUCUAGCGUGAAAGAGCUGAUCCUGCACGACACAUUCACCGACAAGCAAUACGGCGAGUUGUGUGAGAACGUUGGUUAUGACCACGACACACUGACCAGGUGGCAGCUGUUUGGCUACUACCAACAGUUCUUUGUCUUCUUCCUGAUCCCUGUAGCAAUUGUGCUGUACUGCUACAUGCGUAUCACUAUGAGGGUCCUCUCCACGCGCAUGAGAGAGAAGUGCAGAGCGGUGAAGCUGAUCUUUGUCAUCGUGCUCACCUUCUUCAUCUGCUGGACCCCCUACAACAUAGUCAUCCUCCUGAAGGCGCUGGAGGAGUCUUUCAGCACAGAGUGUCCAUCAGAUACCCUCGACUACGCUCACUUUAUCACACGUAACCUGGCUUUCCUCUACUGCUGCAUCAGUCCUCUCUUCUACACUUUUGUGGGGAAGAAGUUUCAGAAUCACUUCAGGACAAUGCUGGCCAGACACAUACCUUGGCUGAAAGUCUCUGCGCCCACAUCAGGAACCACAAGCCAAAGUGGCAAAACGACCUCUUGUAAGAACCCUAAUAUGUUGACUGAUAAGACCUCAGUACAGCUGCUUCAAUCAGUGUCUUGAAAACCACAACAACAGUAUAGAUUUCUAGAUUUUAUUAUCUGCUUAUAGCACAUAGUAGGCUAUUAGAAUACAAGCACUGAGGCACUUUCUUGGAAAUGGUGUCUCCUAAAAUGUUUUUUUUUUGUUUGCAAUUCAUAUGAAUUUGGGUUGUUUUUAGCAAUAAAGACACAAGCGCAAGCUGUGUUCUGUUGGUCA